AUGACCUACUACGGCAAUACCAAGGCGCGCAUUCUUGAUUUCUACAUCACCAGAGACGGCAAGCUUGCACGUUUCUCGGACUCAAUCCCACUCGAAGAUGUUCGUGCCGGCUACGCUUACAGAGCCUGGCUGGCGGAGAAGCAGCGCCGAGUCCAGCUAUACAAGGCAAUGCUGCAGCAGGACGACUACACUUUCGCCAACCGAGCCACCUGCCUUCCUGCUCAUGUCGCACUCUCUCCGUACCGCAAGUUCCCGAAGCUCUCCGACGAGCGCAAAUAUGCUAGCAACUACCCACCCACCAAAGUCACCUACAGCAAAGCCGGCUUUACCGACCUCCCCGGCGAGCUCCGCAACAAAAUCUACAUCCUCGCCGGCACCGCCGGCCACAUCUUCAAACUCCACACUUUCCUGGCCUCAGACUUCUGCAAUGGACGCCCCGAAGCCGCAGAUCUCGCUCGAGAGCCCUUGGAGCAGUAUCGCGAGAGGGUCCAGCAGAUCUGCCCGUUGAUGCGAGUGAGCAAGCGACUCAACGCUGAAGUAGCGUCUAUGUUCUUCGGCGAGAAUGAGUUCCGGUUCAGUAGGGGGCUUGGCUGGUUCUUCCUGGAGAGCUUUCUGCAUGGGAUCGGAAAGGUCAAUGUGGGGAGAGUGAGAAAGAUCGCUGUGUGUGAUCACUGGGCCGCGAAGGAUCCUAGGCUUGUUAACUCGGGAAGGUGGUACCGGGACAUCGUGUUCGUCAGCAGACAGCGUGGGAUGGUGGGGCUUAAGCACAAUGGGGUAGGGGAUGGAGGACGCGACGAGGCGGUUCAGCAGUGCGUGCGGAUGCUGGAGGAAGGUGGAGUCCUCGCAGAGCUGAAGCUGAUCCUUCCCGCCCGCUUCGAUGUCCACAAUCCUUUUGGGUUGAAGUUCGAUGGGCCUAAGUUCCAGCACGGUGCUCCUAACAUCAAACUCACCCAUCUCGCGCCGCAGAACCAUUACUGGGGGCCCAGCCCACUCAAGCCAGAAACCACUGAAACAAUACACACGCUAAAUUAUCCAGCACGCACCCCGAAUUCUGGAAGCCAAAUACCUCACCAGGCACCACGAUUCUCGCGCAUUCGCCAAGGCUCAAGCUUGGGAAUACGAGGAGAAGUGGAUGGUGUACAGCAAGAGUCAUUUCGAGGGAGAUCCUGGCCACACGAUGUACUGUCACGCACUUCCUCCACGACCGCCGUAUAA